UGCAAGCCGCUUCAAUACAUGCUCCACACAGCUUCACUGAACCCGACUGCGACAUCUACCCUGGAAGGAUUUAAUGUUACUUUCGUGUUGGAAUAACUUUCCUGCCCCUUUUUGCGCCUUUUGGGGUCGAUUUCACCCCGUCUUCUUCCGCCGAGAGUUUUAAAAUCUUACACACACACACAAAAAAAAGCUUCACAAUAAGGACAAGAGGGCAGCGGUUAGACAUCAUCAUCAUCAUGCCGCUGAAUUCAAGUUUGGCGAGUAAAAACUAUGACUACGAUUACGACUCUCUGCAACCGUAUUUCUACUAUGACAACGAGGAGGAGGAUUUCUACCCUCAGCAGCUUCAGCCUCCGGCGCCGAGCGAAGACAUCUGGAAGAAAUUUGAGCUGCUGCCGACCCCUCCCCUCUCUCCCAGCCGCCGGCCGUCCCUGUCAAGCCUCUUCCCCUCUACGGCGGAUCAGCUGGAGAUGGUGACCGAGUUCCUGGGCGACGACGUGGUCAAUCAGAGCAUCAUCUGCGACGCCGACUACUCCCAGACCUUCCUCAAAUCCAUCAUCAUCCAGGACUGCAUGUGGAGCGGCUUCUCGGCUGCUGCUAAGCUGGAGAAGGUGGUUUCCGAGCGGCUUGCCUCCCUUCAUGCAGCCAGGAAGGAGUCGUCAUCGUCGGCUGCUGCUGUGGUUGACAGCUCGGAGCCCGCCGGUGCAGCCACCUGGAGGUUGAACAGCAGCUACCUGCAAGAUCUGAACACAUCUGCAUCGGAGUGCAUUGAUCCAUCGGUGGUGUUCCCUUACCCAAUAGCUGAGACCCCCAAACAGAGCAUAGUGACACCGCCUAGUAAGGAUUUGGGCUUGGACACGCCACCAAACAGCGGCAGCAGCAGUUGUAGUGACUCAGAAGAUGAGGAUGGAGAUGAGGAGGAGGAUGAUGAUGAGGAGGAAGAAGAAGAGGAGGAAGAAGAGGACGAGGAGGAGGACCAGGAGGAAGAGGAGAUCGACGUGGUGACAGUGGAGAAGAGACAGGCGGUGAAAAGGUGCGACCCUAACCCAGCGGAGAGCCGGCAUCCCAGCCCGCUCGUGCUGAAGCGGUGCCACGUCUCCACCCACCAGCACAACUACGCCGCCCAUCCAUCCAUGAGGCACGAGCAGCCGGCUGUCAAGAGGCUGAAGCUGGAGAGCAGCAGCAGCAGCAACAGCGGAGGCAGCAGCAGCAGCAGCGGCGGCCACAGCAGGGUCCUCAAACAGAUCAGCAGCAACCGCAAGUGUUCAAGCCCCCGGACGUCUGACACGGAGGACUAUGACAAGAGAAGGACUCAUAACGUACUGGAGCGCCAGAGGAGGAACGAGCUCAAGUUGAGCUUCUUCGCGCUGCGGGACGAGAUCCCCGAGGUGGCAAACAACGAGAAGGCGGCCAAAGUGGUGAUCCUGAAGAAGGCGACAGAGUGCAUUUACAGCAUGCAGACGGACGAACAGAGACUCCUCUCACUCAAAGAGCAGCUGAGGAGGAAAAGCGAACUUUUAAAGCAGAGACUUGCACAGCUGCAGGGCUCUCGUGCUUGAAAAAAAUAAGUUUUGAAUGAUCAUCAUAGACAUUUUUUUCGCAUUUCUUUUUUUUAUGCAAGUUCAAAACUUUAGGGUGUACAGUUGUUGUUGCAUGCAAAUGCAAAAAAAAGCGGAUUAAGUUUGGAAUCGUGUUUGAUUUCAAUGUUGAAACUGCCUCAAUUGAAGUUAUGGGUGGAUUAAAUAUUUAAAGUUUAUUUUUAUUAAUGAAAUAUUAAAAAUGGGGUUUUCCUGUUGUGAAGGGGCCCAAACUAAAAUAUACAUUUUUAUGUUUUGUAUAUAAUUAAUAUUUCCUAAGAAAAUGUAUUUUUGGAUCUCAAUUUGUCUGGAUGUUUCAGACCCAGUGUUUGGUUUUUUCCAUUAUGUUAGAUUCUUUUUGAAAUAUAAAAAAAAAAAAACAUGU